AUAGAUAGCGUAAGUAGCGUUUGAUAAAGUUAAGUCGCAACAACAACAAUAAUAACAAAGUUAUUAUUUUGAUUGUGAUUAGUUUUUGAUCAGUUCUGCAUUUUGUUCCAUUUUUCCAAGAAGAUUUCUGUUUAAUCAACCAUGGCCAUGUACGACACAUCAUUAGAUGACGAGCCACAGGAUUAUUUCAACAAUGCCACUCUUCGCAUCAGUGACGUUCGCAAGCAGAAGAAUGCCCUGUCUGCUGAUAAGAAUUCUACUGCUAAUCAAAGUGACAACUCGAGCUUAUUUUCCUUGGACAUCGCAUUGGCUGAUGAAGCCAAAGCAGGAGCUAAAUCUCCCUCUUCCUCGUCCUCUAAUGCCCGUCCAAAAGAUGCUGUCAUGCCCUGGUCUGGUGACGAUGCAAGCACAUUUUUUGCGUCUCGAGAAGGAUUUGUCAAAAGGGCAAUAGACGAGUGCUCCAAAGAACUCGUAAAUGACAAAAUUGGGAAACUCCUAGGGGCUUGGCUUCUUACAGAAAUCAGCCUAUGGGACAAUGAAAAAGAAAGACUGGUUCUUCUCACUACGGAUGAGCUCAUCAUAGUAAAAUAUGAUUUUAUCGCUCUGAAAAUGUUAGAUUCCAAAAGAGUGCCUUUGAAUAUUAUUGAUACUGUCAUAAAUGGAGAUUUAGUGUAUCCUAGUGGCUCCAUUGUUCCUCGUGUGAAUGGGUUCACAAAUGGAUUUUCUCAUUUUGUAAAAAGUUGUGUUUUCAAACCCUACCAGAAAGAGGAAUCUUCUCGUGUUUUGGAUCUUAAAGAAUUUGAAGCAAGGCCAAGAAAUUCGACAGGUGUUCGUGCUAUGUGGAAUAAUGGCCAACCACUUGAUUUUCUUACGAAAUGGAAUGCGUUUUCAAGUGAUGUUCCCUGGUUCACCGUCACUUCUCAUCCAUUGCUGAGGUGCAAAGAAACCACCACAGAAGAAAAAAAAUUAUACUGUGUCGAUAACUUCUACGCUGAGUUUGUCAAGGCCCUUGAGCUUGUCACAGCGCUAACUCCAUGCAACAUUCAACACAAACCAAUCCUUCUGGAGAAUUACAUUGGAUUAACAUCUCUAAUACAUAACAAGUGCUCUCUAGGAUUUUUCAAAAUUCGAGGCAAGUUCAGUUUUUAAUGGGCUUAUCAGUUUUUCAUCUAUGUGAUCAUUAAGUAAUGAUUAUUUUCAAGUACAUAUUGAUUAGAUAUCUUUCGUAAGUGAUGCCAAUAUUGGCCCUUUCUUCAAAUUUCUAUUAUGUAUUAUAUUUCUAUAGCAUUAUUUUUUUAUAUCAUGUUUACUUUCAUCAUCGAUGUCAAUCUACAUGUGCAAUAUGAGGCAUUAUUAUCAGGCAUCACUUAAUCUCACAUAAGAAUUGAAUUGGAUUGUGUGAAAAUAUCCGAUAUUCAACACAAUAUUUCAGAAUUGUAUUGGUAUGUCUCACUUUACGACUGAGCGACAAAGUCGCUUACGACAAAGUCGAUCUGCUUAGUAAAUGAGUAAUUAUAUUUGCAGGAUUUUUGAUAAAAUUGUUCCACACUCCUAACUUCUUGAAUCAACUUUUUUCUAUGAAUCAUGCAAAUUCUGAAACACUGAAUUGAACUUAGGACGUUUUUGCAUCUUCCAAUUCAAUUACACACUAGACCCUGCUUGAAAAAAGGGGUCCUUAACACAGUCAAGGAAGCCUAAUUACUUUAGACCGAUUGAAGUCGAAAUAUUUUUCUUAAAUGAUCGUACGAACAGUCAGAAAGGAAUGGCAAAGAACAGGAGACCGUGCCAUCUUUCAUUAACAAUGUAAAUAAGAAUCGCUAUUCAGCAGCACAGUGUCAGAUUAUCUGACUGAUUUUUUUAGCAGGGGUGCAGAAAGUUCUUUGUUUUCACAUGAGUCAAGUUUGUUUCCACAAAAAUACCCCUCCAGUGAAAAAGCUUAGUGCUUAAGAUUGACCCAGUUUUCACAAUUGAGUUGUGUAAAAUCAUGACCCAAACUCCUUUCACUGUUCAUUGUUAUAAUUUUUAUUUUUUAUAUUGUUAUUUAUUGCUUUAUCAGUUGAUAUAAGUUCACUGAUACUUUUUUUCUUCACUUUAAUUCACCGUCCAAAUGUUUUCCACCAAUAUCCCCACCGAAGACUUUAAUUCCACUAAAAAAUGGUGAAUAAAUAUAGAUGGCAAGCACUUUCAUAAAUCUCUAUCCAUUUUUCGAUGCCUGUAUUAUUUAAUCUUCAUUUUUCAACCUGUGCCUCUCCCAACAAGGUUUUUAUGUGGAACACAAAGCAUCUGAGGCAAUAUUGCAUCAUGAUCAUAUUUUUUAAAAAACCUUCAAAAAUUUCCCUAAUCUUGUAUUGAAUCUCAGACAACGAGUAUUAUUUUGUCUCCAUGAUUAAAAAAUUAAUAAAAUAUUCAAUGUAUACACCCCUCCUAUUUUUCUUCAAGGAUUGUCGGUACCUAUUCACAAAUGGUUUCAUUCCUAAUUAUAAUGAUUUAAGACUUUACUGAGUUUUGUACUUUAGGCUCUUAAGCUCUUUUCCUUCUUGUCAAUUAGUAUAACUGAAUCAGAAAAUCUUAA